AUUUGAACCAAAAUAAACCUGAAAGAAAAGUUCGUGAGCUCUCUUCAAGUUUUUUCGCACGUUUAUUUAUAUUUCCUCGCUUGUAAGAGGCAAACGCGUCGUGUGAACUUGAUCGUACAGUUUUUAUUAAGUGUAUUAUUUUAUAUUAAUUCGAAAUAAAUUAAAACAACGUAAAAAUGUGUGAGGAGAAACAGUGGAACAGCACCCAGCUGAGGCGAUAUGAUCUGGAAUUGGAGCAAAUUCCCAGGCUGUAUUAUACCGAUCCAAAAAUCGACGAAUUGAUCAGCCUAAAUAAACCAGUGGUAAUAACUGGUUCGAAUAUCAUCAAGACGGCUAAGGCUAACUGGACCCCCGAAUACUUGGAGCAGAAUAUAGGCAACGCUGGACAUACAGUAAUGUUGUCCAAAACGCACAAAUUCAAAUAUUUCGAUGAAUCAAAAGUCUUAAACAAAAAUAACCCGCAUGGAAUUGAAUUUACACCGCCCACAAGGAAAACCAAAAUGAAAAUUGGCGAAUUUAUGAGGAAACUACGUGAAUGGAAACCUGGAAAUGAUAGGCUAUAUUUACAACAACCCUUAAAUAACACAAUAGGGGACUUACUAGUGAGGGAUUUCAUCAAUUUCGACUGGGAAUACAUUAAUAAUAAGCAAAGUAAACAUAAUUGGGGUCCUUUAACGUCAAAUUUAAUAUUAAUAUCACAGGAAGGUAACGUUACUCCGUGUCAUUAUGAUGAACAACAGAACUUCUUUGGCCAGGCUUACGGCUAUAAAAGAUGCAUUUUAUUCCCUCCAAGCGAUUUUGAGUGUUUGUAUCCUCAUCCAGUUUAUCAUCCGCAUGACAGACAAAGUAUGGUAGACUUUGACAAGCCCGACUACACGAGAUUUCCUAGAUUUAAGUUCGCCAAAGGUUAUGAAACAGUAGUGGAACCCGGGGACGUACUGUACAUUCCUAUUUAUUGGUGGCAUCACAUCGAAUCUCUGAUGAGGGGCGGACCAACUAUAUCUGUCAAUUUUUGGUAUAAAGUCGGGCCCACAAGUCUGGAAUACCCUUUGAAGGACCAUCAAAAAGUGUCCAUCACCCGAAACGUGGAGAAAAUGUUACUGGAAGUCCUACAAGAUCCUAAAGAAGUGGGACCUCUAUUAAGAUCGAUGGUUCUGGGACGGUACACCGAAUAAUACCACGUCCCGUAUGGAAAACCUUCAAUAAUUCAGACUGUGAUUUUUUAAAAUAUAAGAGACAAUGUGGGAAAAAUCUUAGCCAGUAUAAAAUUCGUACCUACUCAGCGACAGUGCUUAAAAUUAUCAUAUUUAUGGUCUUUUAUCGUGGUUAUCCCAGAGAAAUAGUAAACAUAGAUGGUUUUAGAAACCAUCUAUGUUUACUUAUUUUUCUGAAAAACCUUGUCAUCGAGAUGAAAACAAUAAUAUGUAUAUAUUAGACUGAUUAUUUUACUGUAUCUUAUUUAAUUUUACCUUAUACUUAUAUAGCCAGAAACCUACUAGAUUUGGUCUAAAAUUGACUACUAUUAGCUUAUAUUUAAGUAAGAUUUGUCCAGUGUGUACUUAACUAACAUAAAAAAGACUGAAUUAUAAAAUAUUUUAAGUUUUUUUUUUGUUACAGUAAAUAUAAUUUUUCAGAUGAAUUAUCUAAAAACAAAAAAGAAGAUUUAACCAAAAAUAACUACUCACUUUUUUGUAAAUAUAUUUAUAUUGGAUUGUUACCCAUAUAAACGAGUAUUAUUAAUACCAGGACACAAAAUAACUCAGUCUUUUAGUUUUGUGUUAAUGGCUUAAAAUGUUUUUAAAACUUAUUUCAGUUAGUUAUGUACCUAAUGAUUGUAUAAAAAUAAAACGAUUUUAUUCUUAA